UGUUCGAGGGCACAGCUGCGGUCACCCCACGCCGCACAGGUGGCAGGGCUCGAAGAUCCUUCCAGAAUGCCGGAGGAAAGUUCUCCCAGGCGGACGCCACAGAAUGUUCCGUACGAGAACCUUGCUCACCUGGUCAAUGCGGACGGGCAGUACCUGUUCUGCAAGUACUGGAGGCCGACGGGCACUCCCAGGGCCCUCAUCUUUGUGUCGCACGGAGCCGCAGAGCACUGUGGCCGCUACGAUGAGCUGGCGCAGAUGCUGACCGGGCUGGACCUGCUGGUGUUCGCCCACGACCACGCUGACGCGUGUCCCAGCAAAACGGGGGACCCACGUCUAGAGCGCUUCGGCGCGGGGACAGACGGCCUCACACCGCACCCCCGACGGCAGCCCGGGGCUCGGGGAGAGCGUGAGAACAACCGUAUCGGUGGCCCGGGAGGAGCCAUCGUCAUCCUCACGGCCGCCGAGAGGCCGGGCCACUUCGCGGGCUUGGUCCUCAUUUCGCCUCUGGUCCUCGCCAACCCGGAAUCCGCGACCACCUUCAAGGGCUGUCCGGAGGUCAUGCAAGCGUGGACGGCAAAGGCGGCAAAGACGUUCAGGUUUUGCAUCCCGCAUCCCCUGUGG